AAGCUAACAGUUGACUUCGUGUAUUAACGACUGAACGUGGAACAUCAAAGUGUCUUAAGAAUUUUACCAGACCAUCUUUGUUAACUCUUGAUGGAAGAAUACCGUAACGGGUUCAGCCCUGUGCUCGCUAGGAUUAAAUUUGCUACAACUUGAUCUGAGUGAAAUUGCAACAUAAAUACGAAGAGCUAUAAAACUUGGAAGCAAUUCAUAUUCAUAAGUAGCUGCAACAAUAUCAUGAGCGUCUGGGUGAGAUGUUACCUCUACAUUGUGGUACUGUACGCUUCAACGAAAUGCCAAGGAGAUGACUGCAUCCAGACAAUGCCACACCCCAAAGAGUGUAUUUACCAAGAUGAUAAAGGACAUAAGUACGAUCUGACGACGAUAAGAAAUGAUAAUGGAACACCAAGAUUUAAGGCAUCAGAUCAACCAGACAAGCCGGAGUGCGGAUAUGAGUACAGCUUCAAUCCAUGCAUCUCCUUCACGUUAGGAACUUCAGGGCCAGCAAGUGAUUGUCAGUCUGAUAAUGAUGUAGCGGUUUGUCGAUCGCACGAUCUCAUCCACCGUAGAAUAGGAAAACAAAGUUCAGUAAAGUUUGGUCGCUACAAACGUACUAAGAUACCAAUGCUGCAUUAUUGUAGGUAAGCCUGUACACUUAACAACCGAUUUAAUGGGAUGUCUCGUCUUCCUAUUUUGUUGUGUAAAUUAUAUACUAGUAGGUGGAUUACACGUUAAUAGUGUUUCCUUCAAGAGAGAAAUAGUGAAAUGUCCCCGGCUAUUUUGUUAC